AUGGGGGAAAAAUCGAGGUCUCCUUCCUUCUACAUUGUAAAUGUAGCCGGACUCCUACUUGUAUUAUCCGUUAUUGGGAGCACACUCAGGUUUACGGUAAUAUCAGUUACGCUGAUAUCAUGGCUGCAAACGCAAUGGCUGUCAUAUACAUCCGCCCUCCAAAGACGGCACUCUAGGCGACUCGCGGCAGCAGCUGAUGAGAAUCGGACUCGGCGACGGAAGCAAGUCGCUGAAAUCUCGGAGGCGGUUGGACAGAAUGUUAUUUCGUUACUGGAUAAGAGGAGACGGGAGCUUGUACUCAGGUUGGAUCAGGAGGCGGAGAGGAGGAGACAAAGUUAUCGACGGGAUAUUGUUACUAGGAUUACGGAUGAUCUGGUGCAGUUUCAGGAGGGCGAGAGGAUUAAAGAUGAGCAACGUCUUACACUUCGAGAGUACAAGAUAUGCCAGCGACAGAAAGAAAUCAAAGAUACAGAAGAGGCGCUUCUGUCACGACAGAAGACACUCGACGAUCUAGAGCGGAGAAUACAGAGCAGCGAGGGAGAACUACAAUUACGGCAGAGGAGAUUAGACCUGCAAGAACAGAAAGCAAAAGAUAGGAAACAAGCUCUCAAAGCACGACAGAAGGAGCUGGAUGAGCGAGAACAAAGAGCAAAAGCCGUAGAGGAAGAGGCUCGAAGAAUGCAUCUAAAACAAGAGGAAACCAAGAUACAACGUCGAGUUGUGACCCGGCCAGCGACAGUCGCUACCCGAUUCCCCGAGAAUUCGUUUUCUCCUCCUGCCUCUGUCAACAAAGCUAUUACUCUACCUGCGAACUUACUAGAAUUCGCCGACGACCUGAACUCAUACCCCUUUAGAUGUAUCGGAGUGGCGAAGACCGGAACUCGAUGUGGGCAAAGCAUGAUCUCGAACUAUGCCAAAUCGGCUGCUAGCGCACGCAUCAAGGAAAUGACAUCACCUGGCCCCGGAGACGUUGCUCUCUUUGAAAUGAAGGCUCUCCGAGAACUGGCGGACUGGAUGCUGUGUCCGCGCUGGCAUCGCGAUAAACAUCCCCAGGGGGCUGGGAUUGCGAGUAGAUGGUACAGCCAACUCAGUGACGCGAGAGCACAGCUGGAAACCCAGGCAAUGAGCUCAUACAAGACACCCCCAUCUGCCGGAGCGCCAAAUAUCUUUGGCAGUGCUAGUAGUACUGGGAUUAGUACAGGGACAACGGCUAGCAGUUUCGGCUCAUCGACGCAAUCGGCAGCUUCACCCACGUUCCACGAAAGAUGGGAUUCUCAAUCCAUGAGCUUUCGAUUGGAGAGAACGACGACAACGACCUCGGCUUUUGGGCAGCAAAAGUUUGAAGGUUCUGCGGCAAAGAAUCUUACCUCUGUGUUUGAAUUUAUGUCUCAAGAGUCGGCGGUUACGAAGAAAGGAUUCGAUCAAUGGUAA